AUCCCUGUCAGAGCAGUCAGUGGUGGUAUCCGAGCACCAUCUAGUUGUGCUGGACUCAGGCUGGUGGACGCUGUGGUAGUUGUGGUCUAUAAUUAAAGUGUAUACUAUUUUGAAUCAUGUUUUAGGUUCUAUGUUCUUAAUUUAAAAUCCAGGGGAAAAAUAAAAUAAAAUCCAGAGGAAUGGUCUAUUCACAUUUCUAUAAACUCUAAGACCUUAAGACAGAAGUACAGAAGUGAAAUAGCACUUUUAGGGGCGUGUGCCUCAUUUGUCCUCAGGAGAAUGAAAGGCUUCUCCAUUCCUGAUUUAUCAACCAGAUCUGCUGACAUCUUUCAGUGGUUUCUUCUGGAAACCGGCUAAUCUACCUGUCUCUGGGGCUCCUCAGUCACGUGUCUGUUCACUGGCAUAAUGUAAACACGUAUCGGGCAGCAAGGUUAACAGUUAAAGAUUAAAUUGUUGGGACCAAAGGUCAGGAGACCUGCCUUUAGUUGUAACAUCAGAACAUCUGAACGGGAGAUAACACAUUGUUACUUAACAUCUUACCUUCUCUGAGGAAAAGAGUGAAUAAGAAACAACACAGUAACAGAAGAGCCUUCCUUCCAGAAGUGCUCCAGGAAUCAUGCUGGAAGAGUUCUGCAGCUCUACUUUUUGGAAUUCCUCAUUCCUGGAUAGCCCAGAGGCUGACCUACCACUUUGUUUUGAGCAAACUGUUCUUGUGUGGAUUCCCUUGGGCUUCCUUUGGCUCCUGGCUCCUUGGCAGCUUCUCCAUGUAUAUAAAUCCAGGACCAACAAAUCUUCUGUAACCAAACUCUACCUUGCUAAGCAGGUGUUUGUUGGGUUUCUUCUUAUUCUAGCAGCCAUAGAGCUGGCCUUUGUACUCACAGAAGAUUCUGGACAAGCCACAGUCCCUGCCAUUAGAUACACCAAUCCAAGCCUCUACCUGGGCACAUGGCUCCUGGUUUUGCUGAUCCAACACAGCAGGCAAUGGUGUGUGCAAAAGAAUUCUUGGUUCCUGUCCCUAUUCUGGAUUCUCUCAAUACUCUGUGGCACUUUCCAACUUCAAACUCUCAUCCGGAUGCUCUUACAGGACAACAAUUCUAACCUGAUCUACUCCUGCCUGUUCUUCAUCUCCUAUGCAUUCCAGAUCCUGAUCCUGGUCCUUUCAGCAUUUUCAGAAAAAAAUGCCUCACCAAAUAAUCCAUCAACUACGGCUUCAUUUCUGAGUAGUAUUACCUUUAGUUGGUAUGACAGCGUUGUUCUGAAAGGCUACAAGAAACCUCUGACACUUGAAGAUGUCUGGGACGUCGAUGAUAGGAUUAAAGCCAAGAACCUAGUCAGCAAGUUUGAAGCAUGCGCGGCAGGAACGCUGCAGAAGGCCAGGCAGGCACUCCAGAGACGGAGGCAGAAGAAUUCCCAGAGGAAAUUGGAAGCCAAGCUGCAUGGCUUGAACAAGAACCAGAGUCAAAGCCAAGAUGUCCUUGUCCUGGAAGAAGGCAAAAAGAAAAAAGAGAAGUCUGGGAUCAAAAAAGACUUUCCCAAGUCCUGGUUGAUCAAGACCCUCUUCAAAACUCUCUACCCUGAACUCCUAAAAUCAUCCAUAUUGAAGCUAGUGUAUGACAUCCUCGUAUUUCUGAAUCCUCAGCUGCUGAAAUUACUGAUCUCCUUUGCAAAUGAUCGUGACACCUAUGUAUGGACUGGAUAUCUCUAUUCGAUCCUCUUCUUUGCUGUGGCUCUCAUCCAGUGUGUUUGCCUUCAGUUGUAUUUUCAACUCUGCUUCAUGAUAGGCAUGACUGUACGGACAACCAUCAUAGCUUCUGUAUAUAAGAAGGCGCUGACCCUAUCCAACUCGGCCAGGAGGGAGUACACCGUAGGAGAAACAGUAAACUUGAUGUCUGUGGAUGCCCAGAAGCUCAUGGAUGUGACCAGCUUCAUCCACUUGCUGUGGUCAACCUUUGUACAGAUUAUUUUAUCUAUCUUCUUCCUAUGGGAAGAGUUGGGACCCUCAAUCCUUGCAGGUGUUGGAGUGAUGGUGAUCCUAAUCCCAAUUAACGGGAUACUGGCCACCAAGAAUAGGACUCUUCAGGUAAAAAAUAUGAAGAAUAAAGACAAACGUUUAAAGAUUAUGAGUGAGAUUCUCAGUGGAAUCAAGAUCCUAAAAUAUUUUGCCUGGGAACCUUCAUUCAAAAGCCAAGUCCACAACCUUCGGAAGAAAGAGCUCAAGAACCUGCUGACGUAUGCUAAGAUACAGUCUGUGAUGGUGUUCUUGUUACAGUUAAUCCCAGUCUUGGUGUCUGUGACCACAUUUUCAGUUUACGUCCUGGUGGAUAGCAGCAAUAUUUUGGAUGCAGAAAAGGCCUUCACUUCCAUCACACUCUUCAAUAUCCUGCGCUUUCCCCUGAGCAUGCUUCCCAUGGUAGUCUCCUCCGUUCUCCAGGCCAGUGUUUCUGUAGAACGGCUAGAGAAGUACUUAGCGGGCGAUGACUUGGACACAUCUGCCAUUCGACGUGUCUCCAAUUCUGACAAAGCUGUGCAGUUGUCUGAGGCCUCCUUUACUUGGGACCAUGACUUGGAAACCACAAUCCGAGAUGUCACCCUGGACAUUAUGCCAGGCCAGUUGGUGGCUGUGGUUGGCACUGUGGGCUCUGGGAAAUCCUCCUUGAUGUCAGCCAUCCUGGGAGAAAUGGAAAAUGUCCAUGGACACAUCACCAUCAAGGGCACUAUUGCCUAUGUCCCACAGCAGUCCUGGAUCCAGAAUGGCACCAUAAAAGACAACAUCCUUUUUGGAUCAGAGUUGAAUGAAGAGAAGUACCAGCAAGUUCUAGAGGCCUGUGCCCUCCUCCCAGACUUGGAAGUCCUGCCUGGAAGAGAUCUGGCUGAGAUUGGCGAGAAGGGUAUAAAUCUCAGUGGGGGCCAGAAGCAGAGGAUUAGCCUGGCCAGAGCUACCUACCAAGAUUCAGACAUCUAUAUUCUGGAUGAUCCACUGUCAGCUGUGGAUGCUCAUGUAGGAAAACAUAUUUUCAAUAAGGUCCUGGGCCCCAAUGGCCUGUUGAAAGGCAAGACUCGACUCUUGGUUACGCAUAGCAUUCACUUUCUUCCCCAAGUGGAUGAGAUAGUAGUUCUGGAGAAUGGCACUGUCUUGGAGAAGGGAUCCUAUAGCACUCUGCUGGCCAAUAAAGGAGUAUUUGCUAAGAAUCUCAAAAUAUACACCAGACAGACAGAUCCCGAAGAUGAGGCCACAGUCAAUCAUGGCAGUGAAGAAGAAGAUGAUGACUAUGGGCUAAUACCCAGUGUGGAGGAAAUCCCUGAUGAUGUGGCCUCCUUGACCUUGAAAAGAGAAAACAGUCUUCAUCGAACACUCAGCCGCAGUUCUAGGUCCAAUAGCAGGCGUCUGAAGUCCCUGAAAAGCACCUUGAAAAGUCAGAAUGUGGGGCCAAAGCUGAAGGAGGAGGAAGAACUAGUGAAAGGACAAAAACUAAUUAAGAAGGAAUUCAUAGAAACUGGAAAGGUGAAGUUCUCCAUCUACCUGAAAUACCUACAAGCAAUUGGAUGGUGUUCAAUAUUCUUCAUCAUCUUUUCCUAUGUGAUGAAUUCUGUGUCCUUUAUUGGCUACAACCUCUGGCUCAGUGCUUGGACCAGCGACUCUAAAAUUUUCAACAGCACCAACUAUCCAGCCUCUCAGAGGGACAUGAGAGUUGGAGUCUAUGGAGCUCUGGGAUUAGCACAAUGUGUAUUUGUGCUGACAGCAUCUCUCUGGUCUGCCUGCAGUAGCAUCCAUGCAGCCAACAUCCUGCACAAGCAACUGCUGAACAAUAUCCUUCGAGCACCCAUGAGUUUUUUUGACACAACACCCAUAGGCCGGAUUGUGAACAGGUUUGCUGGUGACAUUUCCACAGUAGAUGAGACCCUCCCUGUUACCUUGCGGAGCUGGAUUGUAUGCCUUCUAGGGAUCAUCAGCACUCUUGUCAUGAUCUGCAUGGCCACCCCAAUCUUCACCGUCGUCAUCAUUCCUCUCGCCAUCAUUUAUGUGUCUAUUCAGACAUUUUAUGUGGCUACUUCCCGCCAGCUGAGACGUCUGGACUCUGUCACUAGGUCCCCAAUUUACACUCACUUCAGUGAGACUGUGUCAGGUUUGCCUGUUAUUCGUGCCUUAGGGCACCAGCAGCGAUUUCUAAAACUCAAUGAGGUGGGGGUUGACACCAACCAGAAAUGUGUCUUUUCCUGGAUUGUCUCCAACAGGUGGCUUGCAUUUCGACUGGAGCUGGUUGGAAGCCUGAUAGUCUUCUUUGCAUCCCUGUUGAUGGUUAUUUAUAGAGAUACUCUGAGUGGGGACACUGUGGGCUUUGUUUUGUCCAAUGCACUUAAUAUCACACAAACCCUGAAUUGGUUAGUGAGGAUGACGUCAGAAAUGGAGACCAACAUUGUAGCUGUUGAGAGAAUAAAUGAGUACAUAAAAGUGGAAAAUGAGGCACCCUGGGUGACUGAUAAGAGACCUCCAGCAGGAUGGCCCAGCCUCGGGGAGAUCCAGUUUAGCAACUACCAAGUGCGCUACCGACCUGAGCUGGAUCUGGUACUGAAAGGAAUCACUUGUGACAUCAGGAGUGCAGAGAAGAUUGGUGUGGUUGGCAGGACAGGAGCUGGGAAAUCAUCCCUUACAAACUGCCUCUUCAGGAUCCUAGAGGCUGCAGGAGGCCACAUCACCAUUGAUGGAUUAGAUAUUGCUUCCAUUGGGCUCCACGACCUUCGAGAGAAAUUGACCAUUAUCCCCCAGGACCCCAUCCUGUUCUCUGGAACCCUGAGGAUGAAUCUGGACCCUUUCAACAGCUACUCAGAUGAGGAGAUUUGGAAGGCCCUGGAGCUGGCUCAUCUAAAAUCCUUUGUGGCGGGUCUGCAGCUCGGCUUGUCCCAUGAGGUGACAGAAGCUGGUGACAACCUUAGCAUAGGGCAGCGGCAGCUACUGUGCCUGGGCAGGGCUCUGCUGCGGAAAUCCAAGAUUCUGAUCAUGGACGAGGCCACUGCUGCGGUGGAUCUAGAGACAGAUCACCUCAUUCAGAUGACCAUCAAAAAUGAGUUCUCCCAAUGCACAGUUAUCACCAUUGCCCACAGGCUGCACACCAUCAUGGACAGCGAUAAGGUCAUGGUCCUAGACAAUGGGAAGAUUAUAGAGUAUGGCAGCCCUGAAGAACUACUGAAAAACCCCGGCCCCUUUUAUUAUAUGGCCAAGGAAUCUGGCAUUGAAAAUGCAAACAGCACAGCAUUCUAGCAGCAGAUCCCAAGGAUUAGAGGACUAAAAGGAUCAUUCCUCGUUUUUAUUUUUUGUGAAAUAUAAAAGUGUAUAAAAUGUACAUUUUGAAGAAAGAUAAUAAAUGAACACCCACGUACCCACUACCCAGGUUGGGAAAAUGAGUAUUCCCAGGUGCAUCAGAAACCCUCUAAUUGCCCCCUCUUGGUCAUACCUCGUUACCCAGCCUUCCCAGAGAUAACCGCUGUUCCAAAUUCUGUGAGCAUUAUUCCCUAGCUUUUCAUUUUAGUUUUUUUGCCUGUGUGUAUCCUUAAAAAAAUGUAUACUUUAAAAAAAAAACAAAAACGUAUAUAAAUGUACUCAUACUGCAUGUAUUCUUCUAUGACUUGAUUCUUUUGUUUAAUAUUAUAUUUGAGAUUCAUCUAUGCUGAUGUAUAUUGCUGAGGUUCAUUCAUUUUCAUUG